CUAGCCACCAACUUGGUUGCAAAUAUAUAUAUAUGCUACCAAUGACAGCUUCGACCACCAAAGUGGAUCGGCAAGGGAGGUUGAGUUGACUUUGAGCUUCCUUCAUCAGGUCGAUCGGCGUUCGUCCACGUCCAGCUGCAGCUGCAAUACGAUCAAGAAGGGAGGAGCUAGCUGCGAUGGUGAAGGACACCGCGUACUACGAUACCUUGGGGGUCAGCACCGACACCUCCGCGGCCGAGAUGAAGAAGGCGUAUUACGUCAAGGCCAGGUGGGUUCAUCCAGACAAGAAUCCCGGGGACCCUGAUGCCGCGCGCGAGUUUCAGGAAUUAGGUGAGGCCUAUCAAGUCCUAUGUGAUCCAGUGAAAAGGGAUUCUUAUGAUAGCAGUGGAAAAGAAGGUUUAUCCCAGGAUAAUAUGAUUGAUCCAGCUGCUGUCUUUUCGAUGCUUUUUGGGAGGCUCAAUUUUGAAGAUUAUGUUGGUCAGCUUGCCGCACUGGCAUCCGCCGAGGCUGCAGGGAGAAAACUAGAACAAGACUUUGAGCUUCCCGACUUGACUUGCACCCCCACACCCACCGAUGUGGAGCUGGUGCAGGACUACCUCCGCCCAGCAAUCCAACGCUUGCCGACGAAACGCUCCCUUUGGGAUUUGUGCUCUGGUCCUCAUCCGCUUGUUAACCCUGACCUCCCUUUCAUGGGCCCGUGGGAACUCCCUGGGAUGAUUGCGCGCAACAAGUACUACCUCACGGAUCAUGAUGCUCUGGCGUCCUGCUUCGAAUUAGGUGGAUUCCGUGAACUCCAUACACCAUAUGGGAUUUGGAAAGUAAAGACAAGCGACAUGGCGAUCCGCGUUCAACACAAUGAAGUUCCACCCGUACACAUACACGCGUUCAACGGACUUGUCGGGGUCAAGAGGACUAUGAAGUUCCACCCGUACACAUACACGGGCAUCAACACCAACUGGACCAUGAACGUCUACUUUUCGUUGAACGGAUUUACCAUGGACGAUGGUUUAGUCCUGUGCCAUGUAUUCGAGACAGACUCUGCUCCCGAGUACGACGACAGCCCCAAAUGCCUCGGAUGCCAUCCAGGAGCAUGCAGUGGAUACCACAAUGGUCAAGCAUUCGGAGCUCCAAGCAACGCUUCAUUCAAUUCAACAUAUCUAGGAUCCAGGCCAAUGCACCAUCAUGACACAGAACGCCGUCCGGACCCAAGAUUAUCCUCUUUCAUGGCACAUCUUGAGAACCUCUUGCUUGGUGACCCUGAUCCUGACAACUCCGCAGAUGCUGGAAACUCUAGUGCAAGAACAGGCGUCCCUCCAACAGCUGAUCAUGGACAGUCGAAAAAGCGCAAGAAGAUCUCAGAUGUUUGGGAUUACUUCACCAAGAUAUUUGCAUGCGACAUCAACGGGAAAGUUUUGACAUUUGCGGCUUGCAACCACUGCUGCAAGGUACUGACAGCCAGCUCCAAGGGUGGGACAACACACCUUGCAAGGCACGCGUGCCCGUGCAAGUUCAAACCAGUAGCAGCUGGCAGAAAUGUCAAGGAUUAAACAUACCUUAUGAAACUAUCGGGAGAGCUCCUUAUUCCUUGCAAUCAUCAUUAACGAUGAAACACGAACAAAAUCGUUAUACCUAGCUAAAAGACAUUAAAGAAAAGCGCUUGUUGGGAGGCAACCCAAUAUUUAUCCUUUUUUAUUUUUUUUUGUCUUUACAUGGUUAGUACUACUAUUCUAAGCAAAGUGCCGAGUACAACUUUUAAUCGGGCUUAGUUUGCAAAUUUACGAGUUCUUGUGUUGAAACACAAAGUUUACUGUUAUGUCAUGAAUUUCGAUGGUUAGUUGGAAUGUGAUAAAAAUCUGAAAUUUUGACAUAGUAAGCAUUUAUAAGUUCUCCGUUACGGGUAAAUUUUAGAAUUUUUUAAGUUACAAAAUUAUUUAUUUAAAUUCUACUUCUACAAGUUGUCCUGUUUUGAUAGAUUGUUGUUAUAGUUGCACCGUUUACCUAUGUAUACAAAGAAAAUGUUAUUCAGUUACCACCGCAUGCUCCUCGAUGGCAUCUGAGGCAUUUCAAGUUGUCGUCGUAGUCGGGUGAGUCUGUCUCGAAUACAUGGCACAUGACUAAAUCAUCUUACAUCGAUUAAGCAUUGGAAAUGCAUCCCAAUAGAAAGAUUAUGGGCAAAAACAAAUAACAUGCUAUGUUCUGAGAGUUACAUGGUAGAAUGCGACCCAAUUUUACGUACCCGGAGAAAUGAAUCUCCCUCUUUGCAUGAAUAGUAGAUGUUCAUGAUCCAGUUGGUCUUGGCGCCCGUGUUCUGGUGGAACUUCGUAGUCUUCUUGAACCCCACGAUCAUGUUGUGUUCCGCCCUGAUCACUGUGUCGUAUGCUGUUUUGGCCAAAACCCAUUUGUUGUUACUUGUCUCUCAUCCCACCCUUGUUGUUACGCGCAGUCAUCCCUGCAAGUUCCUUCGAUUCAUUAGACAAGUGCGUACCAGGGAGUUCCCACGGGUCCUCCUUAU